AUGAAGCCACACUUAGACCUUCGUCAACUGGGUCUCCAAUACAUGGCCACUUCCCCCAACCCAAACCGCCCAGGCCCAUCAAGCGCCAAUCUCUAUUUCAUAAUACGGUUGGUGUUCGCCGUUGUGAACACCAACAACAGGGUGGGGAUCAGUUGUGGCCAGUCCAGGGUGACUCUCCUGUACCGGGGCACUCCCUUAGGCAGGGCCACCAUGCCCGCGUUCUUCCAGCACCCUCACACCGUUAAGGAGGUGGUGGCCACCGUCGGCGUCGAUGACGUCAACUUGUCGAACUCCGAUGCGGCUGACUUCACCAGAGACGCGUUGCUCAAUGACAGGGUGGAGCUUCGGGUCUUGGCCCACGUCGCCACCAAGAUUCGCCUCUUCAACCUCCAAUCUCCUCCUCUUCAGAACAAUAAUAUCGGUAUCCACCACCGUUUCAACAACCCCAAUUCCCAUCCCUCCGCCGACGCAGUCAUGUCGCUGAAUCUCCGUCAGAAGCAAACAGGUAAUCACUCUCAAUUCCGAUCUCUGCAUUUCCGAAUUCCUUAA